AUGGGCGUAAUUUCUGUUGGCGCGUCGUUAGGUGUUCGCAAGGAACGAACUCCAGCGCCAGUCACGUCGGCUCCAAUAGCCAUCUCAUCUGUGCGUCGUCCAUUAACAUCUGCAGCAACGCCCUCUGCGACGUCAAAUAGCUGCAAAAAGUUGUCCAAGAAACGUGGGACCGCUUUUAGCGCGAAAAAGCAAGCUAUCAACUGCGUAUCACCAUCUAAAUACGAUCGCGCGGCCAAUUCAGUAACCUCAAUCUCACAACGUAGCCCCAGUCAUAACAAAUACGAGCCUGCAUCACUCUCGGAUGUGGCGACAGCUAGCUCGUUGGGUGACAUGCAAACGCCUGUGGAACGUUUGGUGAACGUCAAGACAACAAUCCAUCCGCAUGUCCUUGUAUCGCAUUUGAAUGGUAACAGCAGUAAGCUUGAGGCCAUUAUGUCGCGUGCUAGGUGUAAUAUUAAUUACCGCAAGGCAUCGUCACUAGAGUAUAGAGAUGAUGGAUCGUUCUCCAUGGCUUUCAUGAUCUCAGCUGAUACAGUUAAGCAUGUGAAAGAUGGAAUGCAGUUACUUUAUGGAUUUGUAGAAAGUAUAGAGCAGCAGCUGAAGAAGAAUUUAGAAGGGAGCCGGCAAGAAGAGGGCAACAACCAAGUGCAGGGAAUGACAGCAACGAAGACUGAGGAACCGAAACAACCUAAAGACCCAGUGCAAUUAGACCGCGAGAAGCACUUUUCAGGACAUCAGGCAAAAAGGAUAAUUCCUUGCAAAAAAAAAACCAAUAGUAUCAGGUUUCGAAGUCGAAGUCGAAGUCGAAGCGCUUCACGAGAAAAAUCAGCAAUGCGGCACCCGAAGCGCCUCCGUGAAGUAAGCCAGAAUAUACAUCGCAUGUCAAAACGGAAUCAUAAGGACGAUCUGCGAAUUGUGAAUGAAGUUUGUACGCCAAAUUCGCGUAGGCCCAAAGUACACAACAAGAUUAGGAAAGCGGAUGUUUGCGACACCGUGAUGCAAGCAGUUGAAGAUCAGCAUAUGCGUGAUGAAAAGGAGGCGUUUCGGAUACGAUUGGCUCGCACUGUCAUGAUCCAACGUCAGCUAGAAGCCGCGACCAAGCGAUCUCGCGCACUUGAAGUAUUUGAACGCGACAAGUAUUUACAGCUGCGACGUAAAUUUGAGGAGAUAGAACAUCGCAAAAAAGUUGCCGAGCUCGUACUACGAAAGCAGUGUAAUGCAAUGUCUGCGUCAGUGGCGAUAUCGUCACCUGUGGAGAAAAGGCAGCAUCUACACGAGAUCGAACGGCUUACUAUUGCCCACGAUGCAUGUUCGCCAGCGGUGGGUCAUUUACUGGCUUCCAUGCUGCAUCUUAAGACUUCAAAGAGAAAACGCUUUAACAUGAGCGAAGCGAAAUUAGCUGGUUUUCUUCAAACUCACGAUAUUGCAUUAACGGACGACUUGAUGCGAUUUAUCGAGAAAGUUAAAGUUUUUACAAAAAUGAUCACCACUGACUCGAUUGACUGCUCCUACAAGGAACUUUUUAGUGACAACGACAAUGCAUUGCAUGAUUUGAACAAAACGAAUACUUCUGCUGUUUCAAAUGAGGAAGCAGACGUCGCAAUGGGCGCAACGAGUGAUGAUGCGACAGAGGCUCAUGUCUCUGGAGAGUUUCUGGCAAAAGAUACUGAGGAUGAAACAAAUACACGGCAUGAAUCUUUUCGUUCAACCUGGGACCUACCUGGAUUAACUCGCGACCUCAAUUUAAUUCAAGAUUACAGUUCGGAAACGGAUUGCAAAUUGCUGCAUUUUCUUGCAGGCGAGCGUCAGUAUUUUUAUCUGGAGCCGCUCGUAAGUACUCCUAACGUGGCGAAGUGGCUUCUCACUCCUCAUGAUCUUCAAAUUUUGCAUCGGUAUAUCUUGGAACGCGCGAACGUCGGACAUGAGCUUGUGUUGUAUGCCGAACGCGUGCGCGCGUGUGGAAAUCUAACGCCAAGUUCUACUUCAUUUAAAAGUCCGUUAAUCAGUGAGCUGAAUGUUUUUGAGUCCUCUCGACACAGAAUGUGGAGUGACUUGCAAGACAAGAUCGUAACUUUGCACUCCCUUGCUUUAGUAGUGCAUAUGGUAGGAAAACACUUUUUUGCAAGGCAAACUUUUGAACACAGCGAGGCUCUUCACACUCACGGAAACCUUUUAAAUGAAGAAACUCUGGAGUCUGAUUUGUUUACAUACAUUCUACGGCCAAUCAGAUCUUCUGCUAUUGAGUCUAGCUUGUUUGAUUCUCUUCCUAUUUCUCUCGUCCGAGAAACCAUUGAGCAAUGUCCUGAGGUCGUCAAUCAUGUUUUGCAGUGGAAAAGCAAGGAUGAUGUACCGGAAUACUUACGCGUUGUCGAUGCCCCGGAAAAUCAGUUCAGUCAAGCCGAUUUCAUCGCAGUGGGACAGCGCGUGCAUUCCAGCAGCAAUUUUUUCUUGCGAAAAUUAUUGAUGAAGCUUAUUGGUUUAAUGCGAAAUUUGGAUGUUGUCAUGAAGGAACUGGUGACGUUAUUGAAAGAGAAGCGACCAGCCUCUCAGAUGGAUAACUUCGAUCAUCUGAGCAUUCGCCGCCAAUGCAUCAUUAAGCACGUGAAUCAAUUGAAAUCUGUGACGACCCUCGUGAUUGUAGGAAAUACAAAAUUGCAGCUUCACAAAUGGUGGGUUCUUUUUGCUGACAACUCGUGCGCUUGGUUUGAUCCGGACAAUGUUGACGAAACGGAUGACCGAUCGUACGAUAAAUUCACAUGUCUUCAAGACGCGGUGUACAUAUGGCAUAAACAGGCACUUUUAUAUUCAGCUAAGGAUGACUUCGUUGACCCUGACCGUCUGAAUGAGUCUUCAUUUGAUCAUUUGGUUGAAGACGAUAUUACCUACACUAAUGCUAUUAUUAAUGAUGUUCUUGAAGAACGUGAUUGUCCAUCUGAGCAACAAGGAGAUUUAGCAGCUCUUUCUCGUAUCACUCCUGCAUGCAUGCGGAACGAAUUACAAAACCAUCCUUUCACCCGCGAAGAGACCGAAGUUUACAUAAUGAAUCCUACUAAGGUUGAGAAUGCGCGUUGUAAAUUGGAGGAGUCAUUAGCGAUAACUCGAGAUGUAAUGAAGGAAUUAGGACGCGCUGGACCGUGGCGUACGCAUUUAAGGCAUCUGAAUACAUUGAAGUGCGAACAAGAAAAGCAAGUCGCAAUACAAAAGGAGCUUGUAAAGCAUCAUUGGGCUCAGUAUUACACAAAAUAUCAAAAUUUUGCGCCACCGCAUUCUCUGGAAGGAAGCUCAAAUUUUAAAAGCAGAAAUGAGGCUUCAGCUGAAGGUGAAGCGCAAGGUGAAAUACAAGGUGAAGACACUUAUAAACGCAACGACAAUACGAUAUCGGUAACUAAUGAUGGUGAAGCACCCGGAUAUAACGUUGCGAGCUCUCCUGAAGGCAUUGAGAUGAAUAAACUUCGCCGGGAGAUCACCCUGGCAAAAAACCAACUAUUGCAUAAAAUCAGAGGAGGCGGAAUAUAUAAAGCUGGCGCAACGUCUACAUUAUAUACUGAUCAAAAAAAACUAAUGGAAGAAUGUGAAGGACUAUCUGCCUCUUGCAUGCAAGCACUGGGAAAGUUCUUGGGAAUAGAGGAACCCGAACGGACUGACGGUAUCCCGAAACAAAAACCAACACCCAGGUUUUCACGUGCUGAUACACGAUCAACUCGGAAUGGACGGCGCAUUGUCACGUCAUCAAGUGACAAGAAAGUUUCUGCAAUGACUAAGUCGACUGACCGACGACACUUGCUUAGAUCGAAGAAAGCAGUUGCUAAAAGCGGCUCUAGACGACGUUUUGAGUCUAUACGCGUUGCGAAGGCCUUGGCAGCGAAAAAUCUCGAUUUCUUGCUUUCAACAAUGCGACCGUCUAAGUCAAAGACGUCACUGUCAAAAACAACGUUGCCGGGAUAUGCGUCGCCGUUGUACUGGCUGUUCGGGCUGCUGCCUCCAUUGUAUCACGUCGAGUCAAAAGAAGCUUGCAAAUGGUUGAGUGAUGACGAACAAUAUUGUGGCAUGCUCUUUUCUUGCCCAAAGUGCCAUUGUUGUGAGGGACAUUGCACGUGCCUACUGACUCAUUCAACUUCGUAUCCUGCCCCCCAUGCAUCCGCAUCUGCACCAUCAGACUCGUUAUCUAGUCUCCUAGCUUCACGCAACGCCAUUAAAAGAAAAAGACCUAAUGCAGCCAUUUCUCAAAAACACCGGCGUUUUAAAAUUAAUCCUGACGCAGGUCAACGUCGAGAUCCAAAUUUGUCCACAAACUUCGAAGACAAAGAAGCGAUUUCAAUAUCAGCAGUACCACGUGGAAGCAACAAACUGCCUCGGACGUCUCAUGCACGCCAAGGACGUGCCCCACUGCCUACGUUUGAUCACGAUAUCGAAAAUGCCUUUAAUCUUGGUUCGAUGGAUCAACGUGAACAGUCUCGUACGUGGCGACCGGCACCGUCCGACAAGAAUGAGCAAGAGGAUCUAUUCCGUGCCGCUCGUGUACGUAUGAAGCUCGCGCGCUCGACUUUUGCAAAUUUCACGGGUCAGCCGUUAGGCUCGGGUUGUUUAGACGGCGAGCACUUGUGGCAGCCAGAGCGGAUCCAGAUGAUGUGGGAGCGACGAGACUUUUAUGGUGUACUGGGACUGCCCCGCGACGCCACUACUCAGCAAAUCAAGCGUCAGUACCGCAAGCUUGCUCUGAAGCUACACCCUGACAAAUCCUCCGAUGCGACCGCGUCGUUAGAGUCGACAGUUGCUAAUGCCGGCCAAGAUGUUGAAGCAAGAACGUUUGGAAAUAGGGUUGAUGCCUUCGUUGCUGCAACUCACUCGUACAAAAUUCUUUUAGGAGACGUUGAAGCUAUUAACGGGCUGAAUUAA